AGGGAGAUUGGGCAGGGUGAAGGGGGCAGGGGAAGUUAAAGGGUGUGGACUGGGAUAUGCAGGGCUGAGCUGGUUUGAGCUGUGGUGUGUUGGGGAAGUCUGGUCUAGAAUGGGCUGUGGUAUGGUGGCUCUGGGUUAGACCAGCAGAGUGAGGAGUCAAGGCUGAUGACAGGAAGGGAAUUGUGGAGGAGGACAGGGUAGAGUAGUCAAUUGACAGAGAGACUGAUUGGAACAGCCACUCCACCCUGUCCAUCCCACUAACACAACCCCUUUUCUCUGGAUGCUCAGCACUUGACUGGCUAUUUUUUGUCACGCUUCACUAAAUAAGGCCAGGCAGCGUCGGGGAACAGACAGGCUGGUCAGGGUGGCGCAUGUCUGCCGUUCCUACCUGGGUAUAUAAGCUCCGGGACGGUGGGGGUUUACUCCGACCACGCUGACCUUCCAUUCUCUCCCAGAGUUUGUCCAUAUCGUUUUUUUCAUGAUGUCUACUUUUCCACUUUUAAUUUCAACAUCAAUGUUUAUGUAUUCAUCCACUCUUCCAGGUCAUCAUCAGGUGACAGGGUUGUCCUUCUAAAUGUUUUCAUUACCUUUUUUUCCCUUCUUCUUCUUCCUCUGAUUGGAUAGAAACAUAUAUUUUUUUAUGCAUUGGUACUUUGGAGGAUUGAUAGAAGCCUGUGUUGCGGUGACCUCUGGAUGCACGGCGGCUCUGUGUAAUAUGACUGAUAGAAGCCUGUGUUGCGGUGACCUCUGGAUGCACGGCGGCUCUGUGUAAUAUGACUGAUAGAAGCCUGUGUUGCGGUGACCUCUGGAUGCACGGCGGCUCUGUGUAAUAUGACUGAUAGAAGCCUGUGUUGCGGUGACCUCUGGAUGCACGGCGGCUCUGUGUAAUAUGACUGAUAGAAGCCUGUGUUGCGGUGACCUCUGGAUGCACGGCGGCUCUGUGUAAUAUGACUGAUAGAAGCCUGUGUUGCGGUGACCUCUGGAUGCACGGCGGCUCUGUGUAAUAUGACUGAUAGAAGCCUGUGUUGCGGUGACCUCUGGAUGCACGGCGGCUCUGUGUAAUAUGACUGAUAGAAGCCUGUGUUGCGGUGACCUCUGGAUGCACGGCGGCUCUGUGUAAUAUGACUGAUAGAAGCCUGUGUUGCGGUGACCUCUGGAUGCAAGGCGGCUCUGUGUAAUAUGAUUGGUCACUGUCGAGAAAAAGGGAAAAGGACAAACAGCUGAGAGGUUAUACACUUUCUGUCAAAGAUUUCAUCUCUCCAACAUGCCGUUGUGGCAAAAUCUACCAGGGAACAGCCGGACACUGCCUGCAGCAGCCACACUGCACGGCCACCACCCCACCAGCCGGACACUGCCUGCAGCAGUCACACUGCACGGCCACCACCCCACCAGCCGGACACUGCCUGCAGCAGCCACACUGCACGGCCACCACCCCACCAGCCGGACACUGCCUGCAGCAGCCACACUGCACGGCCACCACCCCACCAGCCGGACACUGCCUGCAGCAGCCACACUGCACGGCCACCACCCCACCAGCCGGACACUGCCUGCAGCAGCCACACUGCACGGCCACCACCCCACCAGCCGGACACUGCCUGCAGCAGCCACACUGCACGGCCACCACCCCACCAGAUUCCCCUCACACCGACUGAAGCUGUCCCACCUCACCUCUUCUGGCUGCACUGAAGAACUUCACACCAAAAAUGCUUUGCUAAAGCUGGUAAAAUGGAACCAAAUCAACUGUUGAAUGGAUUUGGUCCCCUUCAACCAGCUGUAGCUCUGCAUUGAUCACACCGGACCACUGAAGAGAGAGACACAGAAUGUCUGACAGACACACCAAGACUGACUCUCUGACCUGAGAACAGCGCUCAAAAGAGGGCAACUAUAACAGAGACACCGUGUCAGGGAUGGGCACCACUGACCUGAGAACAGCGCUCACCGGUAUGGCAGAUAUAACAGAGACACUGUGUCAGGGAUGGGCACCACUGACCUGAGAACAGCGCUCACCGGUAUGGCAGAUAUAAAUAACAGAGACACUGUGUCAGGACACACUGAUCCAGGAGCAGACAUGUGUGAGCACAAAAGGGAACCAUCAAGACCACAACAGGGAAGGCUUAAAAUACAGUUGAACCUUUCUGUACAGUAUAAGGAUAUAGAUGUGUUUUGUUAUACAAUAGUCAAGGUAAGUAUUUAUUUCCUAACCAUGUAUUACUAUGUAUUACAGUCUAUAUAAUUGCUACCCUUUGUACCUGACUGGAAGGUGAAAUGAGAGGGGGGGAUGUGGAGUGCAUAAGUAAAGCAACUGCUCUCUGUCUCUCUCUCUCUCUCUCUCUCUCUCUCUCUCUCUCUCUCUCUCUCUCUCUCUCUCUCUCUCUCUCUCUCUCUCUCUCUCUCUCUCUCUCUCAUCAAUAAAAGCAUAUCCUGAUGUUCAUAAA